AUGCGCCUCCAAUUGAGCUUGCUCGCCCUUCUGUGUUUGGGGUGCGCUGCCCAGCAGUUGUCAGAUGCCCCCUCACGCGAAAAUUUCUACCGGAGAGGCCAAGUUUCAGCCACCGUCAUUGGCAACUAUGUCUACAUAGAUGGAGGAGAGAUUUCACAAAUCUUGGACGGGAAACCGCCUGGGGAGCAGAACUAUGCAUCAAAUUCUGUGAACUCCACAAUUUCCAUCGACCUCUCCAAGUCGUGGACCACUGCGGAUGUCGUCUUGCGGACAAUAGACAGACCAUGGUACUCAAAAAUGAACCAGGUCAUCUGGACAGACCGUGAGGCCGGCCACUUCUACGUUUGGGGCGGCACAUGGAUCCGGGGGAGGAACAUGACCGAGAACACGCUCUGGAAGUUCACCCCUGAUGGCAAAGGCGCCGGCACUUGGGACGUCGAGCCUGCGGCGAAUGCAAAUUUCUUCAAAGGCCUUCACCAAUCCGAGAGAAGCGUCUUUGUGAACACCAACGACACCGGUUUCGCCAUCGGGGGGAUCGCAUCGGGCUGGACGGAAAAAUACCGAGCAUCGAACCAGGUGAUACCGGGCAUGGUCGCCUUCAACAUGAAGACGAAGACUUGGCAGAACGGAACCACAGCUUUCAGCCCAUUUGACACACUCCUUGGUGGCUCGGCCGAAUACAUCCCUUUCGGGCCCAACGGCUUGGUUGUCGUUCUGGGCGGGACGGCUCACCGAGUUGAUAGUGAUAAGACAGAUGAGGCGACUGCCCGGCACUUCGACUUCCAAAACUUGACCUUGUUCGACCCGCAGACGAAACAGAAAUACUGGCAGCUGGCGACAGGCAGUAUCCCCCCGUCCCCGCGGAUUGCGUUUUGCACUGCAGGCUUUCAAAAUGCGGAGGGCGGCUACGAGAUCUUCUUAUUUGGAGGGUCAAACGCACGCGACAGAUUCGUCUACGACGACGCCUACAUUUUGAGCUUACCGGGAUUUGUGUGGACCAAAGUCCCAACCUCGCCAGCUGGCAUGCGCAGGUCGCUUGCCUGCGUGCCCAUCGGCAAGCGACAGAUUCUGAGCAUUGGCGGGACGAGCAUCGGUGACAGCAAAAGCAAAGGAUGGAACGAGCAAGAUCCGGCCCCGCAGGGACUGCUUCUCUUCGACAUGACCGAGUUGAUGUGGAAGGAUUCAUAUGACCCCAACGCUGCGGCGUAUGAGAGACCAGCUGACAUUAAGACCUGGUACAGCAAUGGGUUAGUCGUGACCCUUGAUCCCUUGAUGGUUGAUUUGCUAACAGACAAAGCUCCUUUGACGCGGUCCAAUGGUCAUCGGAUACAGUCCGUCAGCUCUUUUCAACCGAGUCAUCAGGUAUGUGCUGUCCAUUCAGCGGAUGACUGA